AUGAUCGGAAGAUUCGUUUUGCUUUACAGCUAUAACAAUACCUCCACGAAUCCCUUGGAUCGAUAUAGACACCAAGCUUCAUUUAAUUGGCAAAAAUUGCAAGAGUAUUUCUUUGGCGGUAAAGAUAUUGUCCAAUUUAGGGCAGCUGUUUCCAAAAUGUUGGAAGCAGAUCCAAUAUUUCAUCGUCCUAUUAAAGAGUUGAGUCGAGAUGAAGAGCAACGUAGAGCUAUGAUUCAAUGCAUGAGAUUUAGUGAAUAUAACUUCUUGUCCGAGGAAGAAACGGAGAGCAACAUUUGUAAAAGAAGAGUAUUAACUGAACUCUUAAACAUGGUGAAUCGCAAUGCAGCUGCAAAGCGAUAUCUGCAUGAAACGCUAUUCUCAAAGGGCGUUACUUUGCUGGGUACGAGGAGACAUGUCCAUUAUGUUAAGCAAUGUCUGCAAUAUCAGUUAUAUGGGUGUUUUGCGCUGACCGAGUUAAGUCAUGGUAGUAAUGUACGAAGUAUGAGGACAACUGCAACAUUUGAUCCUAAUACUCAGGAAUUUGUGCUCAAUACUCCCAAUUUCGAAGCUACAAAGUGGUGGAUUGGUAAUUUAGGAAAAACUGCUACCCAUGCACUUCUUUUCGCUCAACUGUAUACUGCUGAUGGAAGAUGUCAUGGUCUUCAUUCUUUUGUUGUCCCUAUCCGUGAUCCCGUAUCUUUAAUUCCUUACCCUGGCGUAAUAGUUGGAGAUAUUGGCAAAAAAAUUGGUCAAAAUGGUAUUGAUAGCGGGUUUGUUGCAUUCAACGAAUUCAGAAUUCCUCGGGAAAAUCUUUUGAAUCGGACUGGUGAUGUUACGUCUCAGGGAAAAUACGUAAGCUCUUGCAAAGAUCCAAAUCAGAGACUUGCAAUAACCCUUCCGAUAUUAUCGAUUGGCAGAAUUCUUAUAACGGAUGCGGCAGUUAUAAAUAUGAAGGCUGCUAUUAUACCCGCUAUUAGGUACUCAGCUGCUCGGCGUCAGUUUGGACCGAAGUCUUCUGGAGAGGUUGCAAUAAUUGAAUACCAACUGCAGCAAUGGAGACUCUUCCCGUACCUUGCUGCAAUUUAUGCUUUAAAUGCUUUCAUGGUCAGUUUCUUUGAGGAUUAUGCCUACAUGGAAAAAUUAGCAGCCACCGAAUCUCAAUAUGAUUUACAAGCACAAUUAAAUCAAGAAAUACAUGUUCUAUCUGCAGCUAGUAAACCAUUAAGUACGUGGCUUGCUCGAGACGCAAUACAAGAGUGUAGAGAAGCUUGUGGUGGACAUGGCUUUCACGAGGCCGCUCGAUUUGGAGACUUACGUAAUGACAAUGAUCCAAGCUGCACCUAUGAAGGAGAUAACAAUAUCUUGUUACAACAAACCAGCAAUUACUUACUGACUCUACUUUUCCUAAAAUCUACUAGAGGCAUCGAGAUACGAUCACCAUUAGGUAGCGUAAAUUUUUUAAAUAAUGCUGAGCCUAUUCUACGCAAAAAAUUUAAGCCCAGAACAGUUGCUGAUUGUAGAGAUAUGAAAGUAAUACUCCGAACUUAUCAAUGGUUGGUGGCAUAUUUGGCUAAAAGAAGCGUCGAAAGAGUACAGAGUAGCCUAGGAGUAAAUAAGGAUAUGUUUUCGGCCAGGAAUGGUAAUCAGGUAUUUCAUUGCCGUCCAUUGGCAUUAGCAUUUAUAGAGAAUCGGGUUUUGGAAAAAUUUUAUGAACAUAUUAAUAACGCACCUGAUAAUGGCAAUAUUAAAUCAGUAUUAGUAAGGCUUUUUUUACUGUAUGGAUGGUGGAGCUUAGAUAAACACCUAGCCCUGCUUCUUCAAGGUUCUUAUAUCACCAAUGAUGAGUGUGUAGACUUGAUCCACGAUACUAUUGUACGCCUUUGUGAUGAGCUAAAACGUGAUGCCGUACGUUUGGUAGACAUAAUAGCGCCGUCUGACUUCUUACUGGAUUCAGUAAUUGGAAGUUACAACGGCCAGAUAUACAAGGAUAUAUAUCAGCGGACAAUGACUACGCCAGGCUCGUUAUCAAGGCCGGAUUGGUAUGACGUUUUUUUAAAUAAGCCGAAGAUUCGAUCAAAACCGUUAGCGAAACUGUAA